AUGUCGUCGCCUUGCCAAGUGUUGAAGAGCAUAGGGCCGAAGCUGGUGCCGUUCUUCAAAAGCGUGUCCGUGUACUUCGUCCUGUUGGCGGAACAGCCAUCAUUGCUGACAGUGUGCUUCAAAUGUUUGCCGAUCAUCAGCCUCAUAGUUUUCGUCCUCCUACACGGAAUCAAUCUGUCGAAAGAGUACGCAUUUUCUCGAAGAAUACUAACAGGAUUGGUCUUCAGUUGCAUCGGCGAUGCCUUGUUGGUCUGGCCCGGCUUAUUCCUUCCCGGAAUGGGAAUGUUCGCCUUGGCCCAGGUUAUGUACAUCUCUGCGUUCGGUUUUUCGCCUCUGAACCCGAGCCUUGGAGCGGUGCUCUACACCCUCUCUUCCCUGGUCAUCUGCAGUUUGAUGCCCGGCCUUAAUGGUGUCCUCGCGAUUGGCGUUCCGUUUUACACAAUCCUCUUGACCACGAUGACCUGGAGGGCAACGGCGAGAGUGCAGUUCUUCGGGGAGCCGUGGACGUGGACGAAACUGUGCAGCUGCCUUGGUAGCAUAUCCUUCGCAAUAUCGGACACCCUGAUCGGCUUUCAUCAUUUUUAUAGACCGCUCCCUUACGCUCAGAUAUCCAUUAUGCUGACGUACUACGCGGCGCAGUUGGGCAUUGCCUUAAGUGCAGUGGACUCUAGGGAUAACAGGCAAUUGAAGGUGAAAUAAGAUUCCAACUUCCUCGUGGGAGGAUCAUGAGUGGACGUCUUCAACGAGUGAACGACGAAUCAAUCAUUGACGUGGUGUUGCAUUUCUUGAGUAAGGGGUUCGAACACUGCCAUGAUUCGCUCCGACAGGAAUUAAUAUCUUAUCUAAUGUAGGUCUAAUGUUGAAACAGCGGAGCGUACAUUAUAUGUAAUCUUAACAAUUAUUCUUUGAAUAAAUUAAUAUAGUUUAAUAAUA